AUGGCACUCGUCUUCUAUAUCGUUAAGGUUGCAAUAGCCACCGACACCACAGCCACCGACAUCACCACCAAAGCCACCACCACUACAACUACUGACACCACAAUCACAGCCACCGACACCACAGCCACCGACACCACAACCACCACAACCACAGCCACCGACACCACAGCCACCGACACAACAGCCACCGGCACCACAGCCACCGACACAACAACCACAGCCACCGACAUCAUAACCACCGACACAACAGCCACCGGCACCACAGCCACCGACACAAAAACCAGAGCCACCGGCACCACAGCCACCGACACAACAACCACAGCCACCGACAUCAUAACCACCGACACAACAGCCGCCGGCACCACAGCCACCGACACAACAACCACAGCCACCGACACCACAACCACCGACAUCACAACCACCGACACAACAACCACCAGCACCACAGCCACCGACACAACAACUACAGCCACCGACACCACAACCACCGACAUCACAACCACCGACACAACAACCACCGGCACCACAGCCACCGACACAACAACCACCGGCACCACCACCACCGACACCACAGCCACCGACACAACAACCACCGGCACCAGCACCACAACCACCGACACCACAACCACAGCCACCGACACCACAGCCACCGGCACCACCACCACAACCAACGUCACCACAACCACAGCCACAGCCACUGACGCCACAACCACCGACACCACCACCACAACCACCGAUAUCACAACCACCGAUACCACAACCACCGACACCACCACCACAACCAUCGACACCACAACCACAGCUACCGACACCACAACCACCGACAUCACAACCACCGACACAACAACCACCAGCACCACAGCCACCGACACAACAACUACAGCCACCGACACCACAACCACCGACAUCACAACCACCGACACAACAACCACCGGCACCACAGCCACCGACACAACAACCACCGGCACCACCACCACCGACACCACAGCCACCGACACAACAACCACCGGCACCACCACCACAACCACCGACACCACAACCACAGCCACCGACACCACAGCCACCGGCACCACCACCACAACCAACGUCACCACAACCACAGCCACAGCCACUGACGCCACAACCACCGACACCACCACCACAACCACCAAUAUCACAACCACCGAUACCACAACCACCGACACCACCACCACAACCAUCGACACCACAACCACAGCUACCGACACCACAACCACACUAACCGACACCACAACCACCGACACAACAACCACCGGCACCACAGCCACCGACACAACAACCAUAGCAACCGACACCACAACCACCGACAUCACAACCACCGACAUUACAACCACCGACACAACAACCACCGGCACCACAGCCACCGACACAACAACCACAGCCACCGACACCACAACCACCGACAUCACAACCACCGACACAACAACCACCGGCACCACAGCCACCGACACAACAACCACCGGCACCACCACCACCGACACCACAGCCACCGACACAACAACCACCGGCACCAGCACCACAACCACCGACACCACAACCACAGCCACCGACACCACAGCCACCGGCACCACCACCACAACCACCGACACCACAACCACAGCCACUGACGCCACAACCACCGACACCACCACCACAACCACCGAUACCACAACCACCGAUACCACAACCACCGACACCACCACCACAGCUACCGACACCACAACCACACUAACCGACACCACAACCACCGACACAACAACCACCGGCACCACAGCCACCGACACAACAACCAUAGCCACCGACACCACAACCACCGACAUCACAGCCACCGACAUCACAACCACCGACACAACAACCAUCGGCACCACAGCCACCGACACAACAACCACAGCCACCGACACCACAACCACCGACAUCGCAACCACCGACACAACAACCACCGGCACCACCACCACCGACACCACAGCCACCGACACAACAACCACCGGCACCACCACCACAACCACCGACACCACAACCACAGCCACCGACACCAUAACCACCGACACAACAACCACCGGCACCACCACCACAACCACCACAACCACAGCCACAGUCACUGACGCCACAACCACCGACACCACCACCACAACCACCGAUACCACAACCACCGAUACCACAACCACCGACACCACCACCACAACAAUCGACACCACAACCACAGCUACCGACAACACAACAACAACCACCGACACCACCACCACAACCACCGACACCACAGCCACAACCAUCGACACCACCACCACAACGACCGACACCACAACCACAGCCACAGCCACUGACGCCACAGCCACCGACACCACAACCACAGCCACCGACACCACAACCACAGCCACCGACACCACAACCACAGCCACCGACACCACAACCACCGACACCAUCACCACAGCUACCGACACCACAGCCACCGACACCACAACCACAGUCACCGACACCAUCACCACAGCCACCGACACCACCACCCUCAUCUCGUAUCACAGAAUACAGAUCGAGUCAUUUUUUCACGAAUCCAACGUGAAAAAAAUAAUAAUAACAGAGAUUGCGGACCAAAUAAUGGUAUAA